UUUUUUCUGGUUAACUUUCAAAACAUAAAGUAUCUACUGGAUCAUAGCUUUACUCACAAUCUUGCCAUGGUUUAUGCGGACAAUCUUCAAACUGUAUCGUGCGUUUCUAGCUUCGUCACUUGCUUUUACAUUGGACACUCUGUAUUUAAAUUGGAAUACAACAUUCCCGGCUGUGACGGUGUGUGAAAUCUAUAAUGGCGAGAAGAACUGGGAUAUCAGUGAAAAUUACUUUGGCGUAGGACGUGAUCACCGCAUCGAUGACUAUGUCGCCGACAUAACAUUUUUCAGUGGAAAAUGUCACACUUGUUCCUACUGUGAAGACAUUGCGUGUCCUACAAACUUUGAAGAAUUGAUUAGUAAUUUCCGAACUGCAUGUCGGCAAUUGAUCACAAACUGUUCAUGGAUUGGAGAACCUUUUGACUGUUGCUCUGAGUUCCGACCGCUUAACACCGAAUAUGGACUUUGUUAUUCCUUCAACUCAUUGCAAACCGAACCAUAUUCGGAUUUGAAGUUUAUUAACAAUCGCGAGACCGGUCCGGGAUCACUACGAUUUGCGCUCUCCGAGGAUACGCAGAUUCAUGUUCAUCCACCGAAUGAUAUUCCAUAUAUGAUGUCUGAAGGAGUGAUCCGCGAAACCGUAUUAUGGGGUUCGAGUAAAGAGAUUAUUUUUAAUGCUGUCGAAAUUCUAAAUGAUCCGGCAGUGAAGAUCUUUUCACCAGAGCACAGAAAAUGUAGAUUUUACAAUGAAAUUGAAGAAAGAGAUUACCAGCUUUAUCCGUUCUACAGUUAUUCAACUUGUAUUGUAGAAUGCAUGAAGCAGGCUCACUUGCAGUUAUGUGACUGUACUACUCACUUCAUGCCACAUGCAGAUAAUGAUUCUUUUUAUGCCAUUUGUGGUAUUGAGGGUCUCAAAUGUCUAUCUGACCAAUAUGAGCUUCUAAUUGAAAUGCGAAAGAACUGCGAAUGUUUAUCAUCAUGCGAGGAACCGGAAUAUAAUGUAAUUUAUACAUCAGGAGAGUCAGAUGGCGAUGAUGCAGCUAGUAUUAUUACGAUUUCUAUGAUUUCUUUACCUACUCAACGCUACAUUCGAAAAGUAGUGAAGACAAACCUCGAUCUAAUUAUAUCUGUUGGCGGUAUUGCUGGUCUCUUUUUUGGCGCAUCUUUAUUGAGCAUUAUAGAAAUUUUCUAUAAUGGUUGUAUAUAUCUAUCGAAUUUUCGGAGAACUAGAAUUCAAAGAUUGACAAAGAAGCAGCAUAAAAAAUAAAUUGAAUUCAAUUUAAUUGGCACUAUGUCUUAUGACUGUACCAAAAAGUAAUUGAUUGAUUUGCUUAUAGGCACCAAGGCACGUGUGUUGCACGGAGGUAUGUCUCUGUGUCCAUCUUUUGCUAAUAUCUUGUCGAAAUGACAUUGUUUAUGAUUUAUGUGUAUUUGAGAUAAAAUAAUACUAAAAUAUGAUUCAAUCUGGUUAUUCACCAAACAUUACUAGUAAAAGUACAAUUACUCACUUUAAUCAAAAUUGAAUGACUUCAUGAAAAAAGAAAUGCAUGGUAUCAGUUUCAAUGAAAUUAGGGAAAGAAAUAAAUGAAUUAAAAAUUG